CGCUACUUUGUUAUUGUGAUCCGGGCAGAGCGCGGCGGACUCCUCCCCCGGGGGGGUUGAAAUGCUGUAUAAAUGCAGCAUCAGCCUGUCAACAACAUGUGUGAAAGCUUAUUGGUACCCAAACAUGAAGGGACUGAGCUUGGUUCUCCUUGUGCUUCUCCUGAUGCUCGCAGUCGGGGAGGGGCAUGAUCCAGAGAUGCAGUACUGGACAUGUGGGUACAGAGGACUCUGCAGACGGUUCUGCUAUGCUCAGGAGUACAUUGUUGGUCAUCACGGUUGCCCUCGACGAUACAGGUGCUGUGCCGUGCGCUCUUAUCACCAGCAUGGGCCCGACGUCUUCAGCGCAGCCUGAAAUCCUGGUAAUUCUUCUGGAAAAAACACUUUACUCUGAAUGAACCCUCUUGGACUCCAGAACGUGCAGUGGAAUCUGACAAUGAGUGCUUUUGGGUGCUCUUUAUUUAGCCGGAUGUCGUUAGAUUAGCUUCACAGCUCUGUUAUGUGGCUAACUGACUAAACCUGUAUGCCACAUUUAAUGACACCAAUACUUUGUGAACAGUGAGUUCCACUCUCUGAAAUGCAGUGUUGCCAAUAAACGCAUGAAAAUAAAUCAA